AUGAGAGGCCCCCUUUCUAUGGCAGCUUCACAAGGUGGCCUUUCUUCCACUCUUCGGGCAUUCUUUCUUGCUCCCAGAAGAAGCGGAGAAGACUGGCUUCCAAAUCAACAUCGGGAAGAUGGAGGUCGUGAGGCUCACACUGUUCAUUUCUUUCUCACUAACUACCUAUCUCAGCCUGUUCAUAUUCGUCGGCAUCCGUCCGUCUCGAGAGACGAUGGAGUAGCGCCACCUGAUAAUAUUUAUCUAUCUCAACUUGUUCAUAUCUAUCUAUUUAUUAAUCUAUCUCAAUUUCUUCAUAUCUAUCUAUCUCAGUCUGUUCCUAUCUCUAUCAGAUUCUUUUUUCUGUUUUCUUUUUCCCACGUUUUCUUCUUUUCUUUUUUCUUUCUCUUUUUCUUCAUUUUUCUUUUUUCUUCUUUUUCUCCUUUUUCUUUUUCUUCUUUUUUCUUCUUUUUCUUCUUUUUCUCUUUUCUUUCUGUUUUUCAUUUUUUCCUUGUCUCUUUCUUCUUUUUCUUCUUUCUUCUUUUUCUAAUUUUUCUUCUUUUUCUAAUUUUUCUUCUUUUCUCGUUUUUACUUCUUUUUUCCAUCUUCUUUUUAUUAUUUUUCUUUUCUUUUUCUCCUUUUUUUCUCCUUCUUUUCCUUCUUCUCCUUUUUAUUCUUUUUCUUUUCUUCUUCUUCUUUUUCUCCUUUUUUCUUCUUUUUCUCCUUUUUUGCUUCUUAUUUUUCUUCUUCUUUUUCUUUUCUUCUUUUUUCUUCUUCUUUUUGCUACUUCUUCUUUUUCUUGUUUUUCUUUUCUUCUUGUUCUUUUCUUCGCCUUUUUCUUUUCUUCUUUUUGCUACUUCUUCUUUUUCUUCUUUUCCUUCUUUUUAUUCUUUUUCUUUUCUUCUUUUUCGUUUUUCUCCUUUUUUUUCUUCUUCUCUUUUUUUCUUCUUUUCCUUCUUCAUUUUAUUCUUUUUCUUUUCUUCUUCUUCUCAUUAUUAUUAUUAUUAUUAUUAUUAUUAUUAUUCAACUCUUCUGCCUGUACUGAACAUCUCAAUGGUUUUCAAAGCACUUCACCAACAGACGGCUUUGCUCAUGGCGAAAAGAAUUCAAGCUAUGAUAAAUAAACACAACAAUCCCCAAGGCUUGUCUGUUUAUCUCAUUUGA